AUGGGAAUAGUAAUUGGAAAAAUUGAAUUAAAUAAUGAGAAGCAAAUAAUAGGAGAAUUAAAGAAAAAAAUUAAAGGAGUGAAUUUUCAUAUUGCUCAAAAAGUAAUAAUGUUAAGUGGAAAUGUCGCAAGUAUAAAAGGAAACAAAUUAAUACAAAGUGAGGAAAAGCAAAUAGUAGAUAUACUGCAAAGAUUUAAAGGCUUAUAUUCACAUAACUAUGGAUUAAAAGAAGAAGCAUUAGCAAAAAUAAGACGAAUAGAAAAUGUUUAUAGAUAUAUUAGAGUAAGACAAGGAUAUCCUGUAAGAGGACGAACAAAAAGUAAUGCAAAUACAGUAAAACGACAACGAAACGUAAGUACAGGUGUGAAAACAAAACGAAAAAAAAUGUAUUUAUUAAAUGGUAAACCAACAAAUCGAAAAGAGAGAAAAAUAUUUAAUAAAUUAAAAAAAUUACAAGAGAAAAAGAAUAAAGAACAAAAAAAAUCACAAAAAUGCAAAACAAAAAAAUAG